UACAUGGUGCUUCAUGACCCAAACUGUACUGAUGGUGAGGAAUCAUGGGAAAGCAGUUCCGCUGAGCUUGAGAAAAGAUGUCGCCUGGGAAGUGAGGUGACCAGUCUCUCCAGAUCUACCUCCUCUGAGAGAUGUGAUCCGCUGGACUCCCUCCAUUGGAACUUCACUCUUUCCAGCAGCUUAAGAUACUGCUUAAGAGAUCUGAAAAUCUCCAUGAUUUUCAUCAUUGUAAUGAUCUGCACGUUUUUUUUUAGCACAAAUCCUGACCAUGAAAACCCUUGGCAAAUGCUGUCAGUUUCAUCUGUGGAAAGCUUCGCUGUGAAUCUUACAGAUUUUGGAGAUCACGCUCUUUUAAAACUACAAGUCCGAGGACCGUUUGUGGACAGCGUGGCUGACAGGGAGAUGGAAGAAUACAUAGUCAUCCAAGUUGAACAGCUGGAAGACGCUGGUGUGAGGAGAAUGAGAAAACUGCAGGUAACAUACAAUUGGACCAUUCCAUUACAUCCCCAAAGAAUGGAGCAAGUAACCAAGAUGAGAACCUUUGAGAUGCUGAACAGUGUCCCCGUCUCUAUAGGCAUCCAGUCUUUCCUGCAAGACAGUCAGGUUGUUCCUCUCAGUUUGACUCAUCAGUUAAUCUUUGCCAAUGUGGAGACUCAAGUUGUAAUUGCAGCCGUCAUCCUGGCAGGAGUCUACGUUCUGAUUAUAUUUGAGAUUGUUCACAGGACUCUUGCAGCAAUGCUGGGCUCUCUGGCUGCUUUGUCUGCAUUGGCUGUGAUUGCUGAUAGGCCAAGUCUGGUUACAGUGGUGGAGUGGAUUGAUUAUGGAACCCUUGCGCUAUUGUUUGGCAUGAUGAUUUUGAUAUUUUCAGAAACUGGAUUUCUUGAUUACUGUGCUGUCAAGGCUUACCAGCUCUCCAGGGGAAGGGUGUGGCCCAUGAUUAUCAUUCUCUGUCUCAUUGCUGCCAUUCUGUCAGCUUUUCUUGACAAUGUUACCACGAUGCUUCUCUUCACCCCAGUCACUAUAAGGUUGUGCGAGGUGCUUAAUCUAGACCCGAGGCAUGUCCUGAUUGCAGAAGUGAUUUUCACAAACACUGGAGGAGCUGCCACAGCUGUCGGGGAUCCACCCAAUGUGAUCAUCGUCUCAAACCAAGACCUGCGGAAGAAAGGGAUCGAUUUUGCAGCGUUCACGAGGUACAUGUUCCUGGGAGUAGCUCUUGUUCUAAUGACGACCUUUCCAUUCCUGAGGCUGCUUUAUUGUAACAAAAAACUGUACAACAAGGAACCUAGUGAGUUGGUAGAACUAAAGCAUGAAAUCCAUGUGUGGAGACUCACGGCUCAGUGCAUUAACCCUGCCAGUCGUGAAGAGACUGCAGUGAAGUGUCUCUUGAUGCACAAAGUGCUGACUCUGGAGAGCCUUCUGAGGAAGAAGUUGCAAACAUUUCAAAGGCAAAUUUCACAAGAAGAUAAAAACUGGGAAACUAAUAUUCAAGAACUGCCAAAAAAUCACAGAAUAACAGACAGAAUCCUCCUGGUCAAGUGCAUCAGUGUUCUAGGAGUUGUAAUCCUCACGUUCUUUCUCAAUUCCUUUGUUCCAGGCACUUAUCUUGAUCUUGGAUGGAUUGCUAUGUUUGGGGCUCUGUGGUUGCUGGUUCUAGCUGACAUUCAGGACUUUGAGAUAAUCCUACACAGAGUGGAAUGGGCAACCCUCAUGUUCUUCGCUGCACUGUUUGUGCUGAUGGAGGCAUUGGCCCAGCUGCAGUUGAUUGACUACAUUGGAGAGCAGACCGCUGUAUUGAUAAAGGUAACUUAAUAUAAUGCCAAGCAUGUUGAUAACCUAAUCUGUAAUAUUUUCUGGGUUUCUGCUCUGGCAUUGUUCCUCAUUGACAACAUCCCAUUCACGGCCACAAUGAUCCCUGUGCUCAUUAAUCUAAGUCAGGAUGCUGAUGUGAACUUACCGCUGAAUCCUCUUGUUUAUGCACUUGCAAUGGGAGCUUGUCUUGGAGGGAAUGGGACACUGAUCGGAGCUUCUGCCAAUGUUGUCUGUGCUGGGAUUGCAGAACAGCAUGGCUACGGCUUCUCCUUCAUGGAAUUCUUCAGGCUGGGGUUUCCAAUGAUGCUUGUGUCCUCCUCCAUCGGUAUGUGCUAUCUGCUGGUCAUUCAUGUUGCACUCGGAUGGAACUCCUAACUCGCCCACAUGCUUGGACCAAAGAGCUCUGCUUCUGUUUUCAUCGUAUCCAUGAAUAGAGCUUGAUCAAUCUGUGGAAAAAGAGUUUGCAGCUUAGUUUAAAAUGACGGGCAACCCGAUUCUUGAUCGACCAAGAUACAAUGAUGAAAUGCAUGUGUAAUGCAUGUGUGCUGAGUAACACCACAAGGUAAUACUCUUUGUGCUAAGAGCACAUUUCAUCUGUAUUUUUUUUUUGUAAACUUGCCUUGCAGCAUUGAAUUCUGUACGAUGCUUGGGAGAUGUUUCACUGUUACAGUUCAUAUUUAACCCUGUAAAACCUGUUGUUCAUGAUAAAAUGCUAGCAUAUAUGAUGUGGUUGUACAGUUAC